GGUUAGUGUAGUAUGAUAAGUGAUGUGAACACACUUGUUCUCUCUUAUGUGUAUUGACAAAAAUUAAUUUAUUUUAAAACAAAUUACAAUUGACAUCACAUUAUAUGCAUUGGAUAAAUUCGCAAAUUGAUAAUUUUCUCUAAAAAAAUACUUUUCUACAAGUACAUAUCUGGUAUAGUUACAUUUAUAGAAGAGUAAAUUCAUGAUUAGGUUAUGUUGUAUAAAAACAUCCACUAUAUAAAAUUUAUGUUAUUUGUGACUAUAUAAAAUUGUUUAUUAAGAAAUCUCAUUUAGAACUUGUUGUACUUUGCUAAACAAAUUAUAUACUAAGAUGCAGAGUAUUCGUCAAUGUGUAAAACAUCUAGCAUUGUAUGGUAGAGCUGCUGUAAAUAAGACAGAUACAUUAUCAAGUGCAGCAAAAACAUUGAAUCUUAUACCAACAUACAGUUUUCAUUCAUCAACAUGUUUGUCUGCUACAAAUUUGUCAAAGUACAGAACACCAAUAACUUUUCUUAAACAUAAUAAGACCAUAUUUCCACCUCAAAAGCCAGGCGAAGAAAAAAGACCUGCUUAUGUAUGUCACAUGAAGGCAAAUAUAAAAUACAGUCCUAAAAAGAUGUGGUACAUUGCAUGUUUUGUACGAGGAAUGUCUGUAGAUGAGGCUGUAAAACAGUUAAGUUUUUUACAUAGAAAAGGUGCUGAGAUUGCAAAAGAAGUUAUAUUAGAAGCUCAACGCAUGGCUGUAGAAAAUCACCAUGUUGAAUUUAAAAGUAACUUGUGGGUUGCGGAAUCAUUCAGUUCAAAAGGUGUAACAAUUGAUAGUGUACGACGUCAUGCUAGACGUCGCACAGGAAUUAUUCAUUAUAGAUAUUGCCACUAUUUUGUACGCUUAGAGGAAGGACCACCACCAAAAUACUAUUAUCUGCCAUAUCCCAAGACUGGCGAAGAAUUAUUAGACGAUUGGAUGAAGAAAAUGCAUAUGCGCAAAGUACCGAAUUCAUUGUAAUAUUAUAAAUAUGAAAAAAACUACAUAAUAUGUCAAAUAUAUGUAUAGAAACUGUA